AUGUCGAAAAACAAACGACUCAUUGAAGAAUACAACCGCCAGGUGUUAGAACUUUCCAAACAAUUCAACGGUUCACAGAAAAAGAAGAUUGUUCCAAUAGAAGAUAUUAGCUCUGAUUCGGAUGGCAAUGAUGAUGAUGAAUGGGAAGAUAUUGAAGAUGAUGAAUACGGAGAAGAUUUUGAUCCCAACGUUCAUGCAUUGGAGGAUGAUUCCGAAUCCGAAGAUGAAGGAACUGAUUCCGAAGAUGAAGGAACAAGUCUUCCUUCAGAAGAAGCUUCCAAAAAGGUUCAACAAGCUCUUUCAGAGAAUGAUGCUUUUAAAACAUUAUUCCAGAGUCGAGUUCAAGUAACUGAAAAUUGCUAUACUGAAACAUCAGGACGUGAUUCAGUGAGUAGCAAAUAUGUGGUUCAGAUGAAAUUCGGAGAAGGAACCGAGAAACCAUCCUUGGAAUUACAUUUUAAAGGAGAUAUCCAAUAUGAUCCGAUGGAAGAAGGCUCAACAGGGAGCUAUCGAGCCACUGUUACCGUUUUGGACCAAUCAUCGAGCAAGACUGAAUUAUUAAGUGGAGAAUUAUUUAAAAACAUGGAAGAAGUCGAUUAUUGUUUGGGUUAUGGAGGAGUUAAAUUGACUUCCAAUGUUAAGAAACUCAUGACCGUGUUGAAUAUUGAUUCCAAGAUGCUUCUUUCAUUGAUGGAUAUGAUUUGUACGGCCAUUCCAGUGUUUCCUCAGGGUGAUAUGGAAUUUGUGAGUGAAAUUAUGCAACUGGUGUAUGAUUAUGUUGGAGAGUCCAUUCAAUGUCAACAGAAGAAAAAGAAACAAUGA